UCAUAGGUCAUGUAUGUUGCAACAUGCCUAUUUCAGGCUAGGGAAUAUCAGACAGGGCUAUUAUCAUCACAUGUAUCAACGGCGCGCCAAAUUUAUGGUCCACUUGGGAGCGGCCAGAGUGUGGGAAAAUUUUGUUGACCUGGAGUGAACUCUAGGUCGUUCUCGUAGACUCUCGCGCGGAUUGGCGCAGAUUGCGAGAGUUGGAGCUGCUUCCACAGGCAAGAUGGCGCCGGUUGUGACAGAUUGCGACAACCAGUAUGAAGAACCGAGGCAGGUACAGAAAAGACAAGAGCCCAGGAGACUGACUAGGGAAGCCAUGAGUAGGUACUUAAAAGACAAGGCGAGUCUGGACCACACACUAGUCAUCCAACAUGCAAAAGUAGCCCAGAAAUCCUACGGCAGUGAAAAAAGGUUUUUCUGCCCUCCCCCCUGUGUGUACUUACAAGGUCCUGGCUGGAAGAACAGGAAGGAACAGAUGGAGAAGGACGGGGCGACGGAACAGGAGACGACCGUACAUGCCUUCAUCGGCAUCGGGAACAGCGAACAGGAGAUGCAACAAUUACACUUAGAGGGGAAGAAUUACUGUGCAGCCAAAACCCUGUAUAUAUCGGACUCAGACAAGAGAAAACACUUUAUGCUGUCAGUGAAAAUGUUCUGUGGGAAUGAGGACGACAUCGGGGUCUUCUUCAGCAAAAGGAUCAAGGUCAUCUCCAAACCCUCCAAGAAGAAACAGUCGCUGAAAAAUGCAGACUUGUGCAUUGCGUCCGGUACGAAGGUGGCUCUGUUCAACAGGUUGAGAUCACAGACAGUCAGCACCAGAUAUCUCCACGUGGAGGGGGGAAACUUCCAUGCUAGCUCACAACAGUGGGGAGCCUUCAGUAUACACCUCUUGGAUGAUGCAGAGUCAGAGAGUGAAGAGUUCACAGUGAGAGACGGUUACAUUCACUACGGACAAACAGUCAAACUGGUCUGCUCCAAAACUGGCAUGGCUCUUCCCAGAUUGAUAAUCAGAAAAGUUGACAAACAGACAGCCCUGCUAGAUGCAGAUGACCCAGUGUCCCAGCUCCAUAAAUGUGCCUUCUACCUUAAGGAUACAGAGAGGAUGUACCUGUGUCUCUCACAGGAGAGGAUAAUACAGUUCCAGGCCACGCCUUGCCCCAAAGAGCCUAAUAAGGAGAUGAUCAAUGACGGAGCGUCGUGGACGAUCAUCAGUACAGACAAGGCAGAGUACACGUUCUACGAGGGGAUGGGUCCAGUCCACGCCCCACUCACACCAGUGCCUGUGGUCGACAGCUUACAGCUGAAUGGAGGAGGUGAUGUCGCUAUGUUAGAGGUACAAGGGGAAAACUUCACCCCUGCACUGAAGGUUUGGUUUGGCAAUGUGGAGGCAGAGACUAUGUACAGAUGUGGAGAGAACAUGCUAUGCGUAGUGCCUGACAUCUCAGCCUUCAGGGAGGGGUGGCGCUGGGUUAGACAGCCCAUCCAGGUGCCCAUCUCCCUGGUCAGGAACGAUGGCGUCAUCUACCCCACCUCGCUCAACUUCACGUACACUCCAGAACCUGGACCAAGACCACACUGUACUGCUGCAGAGGACAUUCUCAGGAGAGGUGGCAGCAUCACAGAAGACGUGGCGCCGGCUGGGCCGGGCGCAAACGGUGGUCACGAGCCGACCACCUCGACCGGGCUGGGUCCGUAACACAGGCACGAAACCCACGUAACACUGCCUCCACUCUUAUCACUAUUAGCUGUACAUACGUAUAUUAUUAUAUAUGGAUAUUCACAUUGAGUCAGGCCAGCUUUGUGUCUUAAAAGUAACAUUCACAUAGCCCUACUGGAGAGGCUGUAUUAUCUGUACAUGUCAGCAUUUCUAGUUGUUGUUGUACUUAAAAUGGCUGUCAUCUGUAGAGACAAAUUGUAUAGUCUUCAGAUGCCAAUGUACAUAUAUUAGCUAUCUACAACAGUACUGUACAACAACUAGGCAUGCUGAUAUGUGGAAAGAGCCAGAAGAAAUUGGAGAUGAUAUUUUGACAUCACAAAAAUAGGAAGUGUAGCCACCAGUUUAUGAUCCAUAUGUAAACUAGUACAUGGGCUGUACAGACUGUUUCAAUCUUGGAAUAACCCUUUAUGUGGCAAAACGUGACAUCAGACCACAGGCAAUUUUUUUCCUGGCUGUAAAAUGUCAGAAUCAGUUUUAAGAAAGAGGGAAGCUCUCACACAAGCAUCUUUGAAGGUCAUAUUGUUCAGUAUGUUGGUAGAACGUACUGCGCCUACAUGAAUCCUGUAAUGU